CGUUUUUCUCGUUUCAGAAGCAUCGCGCCUCGAUUUAAAACGAAUACACCAAAUACUUCUAGCCUAUUAUCGCAUCCUUCAAGCUAACCGCGAACUUCCACAUCAACUCUACUGGCCCUUAACACCUCUACGUCAAAUAGCAUCCGAAAGCACCUUGGACGCCGCGUCACGUCUUUUGGCCAUCAGGUGUUAUGCUCUCCAAAGUGGGAUGGGAGAAGCCGAGCGCGAGAAGUGGGAGACGGCGACACUAGGUGAACUGUACACUGUGGACUGUACACUCGGCUACGGGGACGCCUUGGAUGGCUCCCACUUGACAAUAGAUGGCUGGCUCAUGCCAAUCACAGAAUUAGAACGCGUCCGGUCAGCUAGAAACGCCAUUGCGAUUGAGUCGCAAGAUUUCUAUUGCUCUGAUACAGAAAUCGUUCAAGAACAGAUACAACUCUCUGACUUAUGUCCGCUCGUCGUGAAUUUACACGGAGUUCUAUUAGUGCGAUCUUCUGUAACUGAGAACAUAUCAUCUCCUCUCAUUCCUACGCCGACAGCAGUAAAGGCUCUCCGAUCACUUGCCCUGCAUCUCACAACACGCUUGCCAGUACUCGUUACCUCUGCCCCAUCAUCCGGGAAGACGUUGCUUCUUUCUCAUCUUGCGGAAACUCUCUUUCCUCAUGUCCAAAACCAGUUAGUCUUCAUUCACCUUGCAGACACAUCACUCGAUCCUCGCUCUCUCCUUGGUUCACACGUCUCGUCACGAACUCAGCCAGGAACUUUCGAAUGGAAGGAAGGUAUACUAGUUCGAGCAAUGCGGGAAGGAAAGUGGGUUGUGUUCAAGGACAUCGACCGAGGCAGUAAUGAGGUCCUAGCUUUGAUCAAGCCGUUGAUUGAGAGCCUUGGAUUGGAUAAAUGGAUAGGAGGACGUGCAUCAUUAGAAGUCGUAGGUCGAGGCGAAGUGGUGGCUGCAGAUACAUUCGCAAUCUUCGCAACCCGCUCUGCUUUACCUUCUCGAAAUGGUACCUUCGCUACCCCUACAUUCUAUGGAGCCCAUAAGCUGCACGAGGUUGUCGUCGCGUCGCCUACAACAGAAGAAUUAACGUUGAUUGUCCAAUCGCGUUACCCUCGUUUAUCAAGUCAAGCCACGAGUGGCCUGAUCCGCCUUUGGCAAGCAGUCAGGGAACUCGGAACCACAGUGUCCGCAAGGGAUGUCGGUCUACGGGAACUGGAGAAGUUUUGUGUACGGGCGGAGCAGCUUAUAUCGUCCUAUCCGGCCGAUGGCUCUUCCACGUCCGAUGAGGACCUCCCAUUAUAUUCCAUCUUCCCGAACACUUCACUCCGCGAAGAGAUAUUUCUUGCAGCCCGGGACGUGUUCUUCGGUUCCGGUGUAACUGCUUCUGCCAGAGCCCACACAGGAUUGAUUGCUCACACUGUCGGCUCACAACUAGGGUUGGAACAGGAACGCCAAGAGUGGCUACUUUCGCGAUGGAUGCCCGAUUUCGACGUAGAGACAGACAGGGAUGGUCGGCGCACCGCUCUUCGUGUCGGUCGCACUCGAUUACUGGCGAAACCGAUGAAGCGUGAAAUUACAUCUUCUACCCCUCGGCCGUUCGCUGUGCAUCGCCCAGCUAUUCUUCUCAUGUCCCGUAUUGUGAACGCUAUCGCUCUCAACGAACCUGUGCUCCUUACCGGAGAGACAGGCACUGGGAAGACUAGUGUCAUAACUCAUCUGGCCCAUAUUUUACAUCAACCUCUCAUUUCCCUCAAUCUAUCUAACCAAACGGAAUCAUCUGACUUGAUUGGUGGGUUCCGGCCCUUGGAUGCGCGGGUACCUGCCUUAUCUUUACAGUCAAAAUUUCUGGAUCUGUUCGGAGAGACGUUCAGCCGUAGAAGGAAUGAAAGAUUUGAGGCGGACGUGCGGAAAUCUGUUGCACAAGGGAAAUGGAAAAGAGCUGUGGGGCUAUGGAGGGAAAGCGUGAAAUUGGCAAAAGAUAGGAUAAUGAAAAAGCAGAGUAGUGAUCUGGAACUUCAAGAAAACGGCGUAAAGUAGAUUCAUCUUCGUUGGGUGCUUCGAAAGCUAAAUGGGACGCCUUUGAGCGCGAUGUUGAAGAGUUCAGUGUGCAGUAUGUGAACGGCAAAGGAAGGCUCGCUUUUGGUUUUGUCGAGGGCCCGUUAGUGCGAGCGUUGCGCGAAGGCGAUUG